AUGAAUAUCCUAAGGACGGUUGCAUCUUCCGUCGUAGGGCCAAUGAAAAUGGUUCUAGUCGUGCGUUCGGAUUUAGGUUUACGGAAGGGGAAAAUCGCUUCCCAAUGUGCUCAUGCGGCCAUAAUGUGCUACAUGAAAUCUGCCAGCAUUAAUAAGUCGAAAUUGAAUAUGUGGUUAGGGCAGGGUCAACCGAAGAUAGUAGUUAAGGUAGAUGAUUUGCAAGAAAUGGAGAAACUAGCUAAAUUUGCCAGGGAAAAGCACGUGGUGGCAGAGAUCGUGAGAGAUGCUGGCAGGACUCAGGUUAGCAGUGGAACGGCAACUGUUUUGGGGCUGGGACCGAAUUCCAGUGAAGUUAUAGAUUCGUUGGUGGGACAUUUGAAAUUGUUAUAGGAUUUGGCAGUUGUAGGUCAAUAAAUGUUUGAUCAAAGUAG